AAGGUGUAUGAUGUAAAAACGUGUAGCCUUUUAGUAGUUCCCGGUAGAAGUGCUGCUUGCGUUGCCUUUUAAUCUACUUCUCUUUCACAACAAGAAGCAAAGCAUGGCCUCCGCAAUUCUGAAUGAUUUUUUGAAUGGACCGCUCCGGUCUGUUUCCGAAGCGUUGUUGGCGCCCCAGCCCUUCUACGGCCGCAAGUACUACUACGACGAGUGCAAAUGGGGUAAGGCGACCAGCAACGGGCAGUUUUACCAGCAGUGCAACGAGCGGGCGGGUCCGGAGCCAAGGUUCGUGCCCACUAUGCAUUGCAAAUAUCGAUCUGGGUCUGGAAAGCUGUAACUUGUGAUGCUGCACUUGCAUACUGCAAAAAUCUGUAUUGCAUGAACAUCAAAAGAGGUUCAGUUUUUGCCACGGCGAGGGCGCAUUUCUCAUGCAGUGUAGGCAUCAGGAAGCUGUCACAAAAUCUGUGAUGCUGGGGCAUGCAUCACAGCCGUCAGGAGUCACGCAAAACGUGCAUGACAAACCUUGCAUCCUUCCAGAAAUCCAGGGAUAUUUGCAUUUGAUACCCACCGACAAGGACGAAGCGACGUUUUUCAAGAAGAUCAAUGGAGACAUAUGCAAUUGGUGGAAAAGUACAACCGUUUACUAGCUAUAAAAAAUCGCAUGACAAAUUCCCUCAGCAUGAAGAGCGAAAUUUGUAAUGCGGAUUUAUUACCGUGAGAGUGCAAGUUGUAAUUAUUAUGCAUGUCUACGAUUAGGAUUACUACGAAAACGAAUGCGGUGCUUUUGCAUUGCAUAAGACAAAGUGUCCAACGACCGGAAACUCGCGCUGCUGAUGGAGCCUGGCUAUGAAUUGCAAGAGUAUCGUACUAGUAUAAGUCGCAUGACAAACUUCGAUUUCCUCAGCAUGAGAAGUAAAAUUUGUAAUGCGGAUUCAACUCAACAUGGAAAUUUGUAAUGCACAAAUGCGAUUAGUACGAGUGCGAUACCUUUGCAAUGCAUACUGGCCAGGGCGACGCGGUCGAGGCGGCGGCGAAACUGGGGCUGAAGCUCCCAAAGCACGUGUCCGCGGCGUACUAUCACGACCGGGUGGAGGAGUACGCCAGCGCGCUGCGGUCCAGCGUGACCAGCCACAACGGGAAGAAUUCCCGGCUGUACCCGCCAACAGCGGGGAUGCAGGACGCGGGAAACUUGGAGCAGCCCAUCUUGGUGGUGGACGAGAUCUCUCCUACGAUUGAAUCCACGGACCUCAUGGACUUUAACGCGAGCGUCGAUUCUGGGUAUUUCUGCAAGUCCCCCAACCGCAUCGCCGACGACGUUAUCUAUCCGGAGGCUAACGGCGCGGGUAACGACAGCACGACCACCUCAUGGCUAGCGCAGAAACUGCACAAGGUGAAGAAUUUCUUCCACCCGGCCGGCAGCAAAGCGGUCGCUUUUCACCCGACGUUCACGUUUCGCGACCCGAUCCCGGGGCUGCUCCACGUCAAGAUGCGGGAUCUCACCACUGGCGCAGUGCACUGGGAUCAAAUUUUAUGCAUUGCGAAAGUUUCGUACUCCUACUCCUAGUGUUCGUAUUGCAAUACAACUUAGGUCAGCAUGACAAAUGGAAUUUCUCAUGCUGAUUUAGCUUGAGGAAAAUAUUUGUCUUGCAUGACUGCGAUCAGAAGCACGAGUGCGAUACUUUUGCACACGAUAAAUUUUCAAGAUGAACUACUCCACGGUGCUGGACGAAACCACGGAACCACUUGCGCCGGGGGAACACGAAGAAGCCGGCGAAAGCGAUCUGCCACCGCUGACCGGAAACAACCGCCCCUUCUAUCCGGUUUAUCAAAUGCAAAUACGUCUGGAUCUGGAACCGAUUGUUGAGGUUUGUGCUGCUGCGUCUGCUUGACACAGAAGGCGUGGUAUGGAACGCCUAGCAUCACAGGUUUCGAGACGGUGUCCCGAUGCCUGAUCCGCAUGACAAGCGCCUUCUUUCGGCGAGAGGACAAAAAGCUCCUUUUACUGUCCAAGCAUGACAGAUUUUUGUGUGAAGAUCCAAGUAUGCAUCACAAGUUCGCAUCCUUCCAGACCCAGACAUUUUUGCAUUUGAUACGGUUUGCCCGGACGCGAAAUCCCUGAACACCUUUCACCAGUUAUCAAAAUGAAAAAUCCCCCCUCCCCAUAUUGAAACGGAAACUUCUGUUGCUGGAUUUGUGUACACAAGUCAGCCCUGUCUUGCAGCGAGGCACUACAGGCAAAGCCUCAGCCUGCGUAGGGGUGUUUUGUGGUAGGCUCUUGGCACCAGAGAGGCCUGCCAUGUAGGUGAAACAGCAUUACAAAUCGCCCCCAUAAGGCGGCGGAUUCUUUGGGUUUGCCUUCUUGCAAGACAGAUGUGAUUUGUGACCUCAAAUCCGCAACGCAAAUUUUUGGACACAUUCUUUUUCGAUAUGGGGAGGGGGGAUUUUUCCUCUCAAUACCAGUACGAGAUCACGUUCAAACAGGUGAAACCCUACCGGCGCCAGUACACGGACGCACAGUGUUAUGGGGGUGUCAGGAUUGAAAUCGUCAAAGUUGAAAUAGUUUGCCAUGCAUGAAUUGGAUGCCAGUCGGAACCCAGUUUCCAAGUGGCGCACGACAAAUUCCGGCGUUACCGCAAUCCAGUUUGUCAUGCUGUUUAGGCAAAGAGGACUGAUUUUCUCAUGCUACUUUAGCAGCUCAACCUCUAACCCCAAACAGGCUUACAAUCGGUCUCACUUGGUUGCUCUGCAACACACGUAAGUCGCGUCAUGCAUUUUAUGCAUGACAAAUCAUUUCAACUUUGUCGAUUUCAAACCUGACGCUUCCAUAAGUGUCGGCAAGCGGCGCUGAAGCAGGAGUUUCAAAAUUACCAUGCUGAAAUAUGAAAUGCAAAAGCAUCGUACUCGUACUAAUCGCAUUUUUCCUGCAUUACAAAUUUUUUUCUCAAGUUCAAUCCGCAUUACAAAUUUCAUUUCUCAUGCUGGGGAAAUUUGUGAUGCGAUCCAUACUAGUACGAUACUUUUGCAGUGCAUAUGAAAAACCGAAAGCUGAUGAGGAUGCUGUCGAGGAUAAAGUUUCUCGCGGGCCGGCGGUGCCGUGGCUUCUGGACUCCCGCAGGAGCAAGGGUGCAAAUAAAACCUCCUCGUCCGACGAUGAAGAUGUUGACGCAAAGUCUUUCUUGGAGCUUAGCAAGGAGAAGUUGUUGUUCCCCCACGACGGAGGAUACCCAGCCGCGACAGAUACUUCUAGCAGGACGGGGACAUCGGGCGGUAGAACUUCUCCAACUGCUUUGCUACCUCCUUCCGCGGGCGGCGGAAAACUACAUCAAAAUGGAAGUAACCACAGCGCGGCUGCCGGCUUCGGAGAAGAUGAAGAUGACAAAAUGAAUCUCGGUACAACUAAAACAACAUCAAUUACAACUCCGCCUGAUGUUGAAAUGAAAUACGGCAAUAAAGGCAAACCAGCACGAAUACAGCAAGAAGAACAUCAGCCAGAGCUCGUCCAGCAGCCCGGGCAGGGCUUGGUCGUCGUUGAAAAUGGGUUCUACAAAAUCGGAAGAUUUCUGUUUGGUAGACGACCAGGAGGCGGGGACGAGCAGAUAAUGAAAACUGCACUCGACGAUGGCAACAACUCGGUUGGCGGGGACGAAGUUGUAACUGCGAAUGAAAAGACGAGUUUUGAAAAUAGCACUAGAAGAAAUAAUACAACCGAUGUUCUUGCACCACUUCCAUCAUCGGCUGCAUCUUCUUCAGCCACGUCCUCUACUUCUAAAUCAUCUUCCCGCCCACCACCCGAAGUCGAUUCGUUCUUCCUGGUUCCGUCGGAAAGGAAAAACCAAAUCUUGCGCAACGCGGGACGGAAUAUCCAGCUUUUGGCGCCGCCGGGGGCACCUCCGACGGUGAACUUCGCGACAGCACCUCCUCUCGCGGGGGACAAAAAAACCGCUUUCGGCGUUUUCCAGAACGUGCUCGACUUGAGCGGGAAGCUCACGGAGGGCAUGUAUCAUAUGUAAAAACGUCCCCACCCCAUAGUCAACUUGGGAACUUAGCAACACAAAUCCAGAAGUUUUGAGAGCCACGCAUGACAAGCUGCAGUCCGUAGUGUAGUGCAUGUCAGCAAGGACAACCGCAUCACAAAUCCAUCUGCUUAUGAUCCUGUUUUCUGCAUUACAAAUUCCAGAGCGCGAUUGGAAAUGCCCCUCAUCAUGGAGAUGCGCAUUACAAACCUUCUUGUAAUCGCAAAGCUGCAUGACAACUAUGGGGUGGGGAUGUUUUUACUCACGAUAGCAUGGCCGGAACAGCCGGGGGAGGGGGCGGGGUCAAUGGCGAAGAUCUCGAGGAUAUGGAUUGCAACUGUGUCUGAAUCUGGAAGAGUGCAACUUGUGAUGCUGCAUUUGGAUUCUAGAAAAAUCUGUGUUGCAGCAUGAGCAGCAAUGGGAAUGUAAUUUUUGCUACGUAGAGAGCAUUUUUUGUCAUGCGGAAUAGGCAUCAACAUCAAGAAGCCCGGAAAAAAUCUGUGAUUCCAGGGCAUGCGUCACAGACCGUGUUUAUAAAAGUUUCGUUCCAUGUCUAUUUCGCAUCACAAAGUAUCCAGACCCAGACGUACUAUUUGCAUUGUCGAUACAGGAGACCUGCGGAGAAAAGGGGGGUUGGACCAGUGACGCCAAUGAGUAUACGGACUUAGUCGGCCGGGUGCUGCUAUCCUGUGCAAAAGUAUCUGAUAGAUACUCGUAUUGCAAUCAUGCAUUACAAAGUUCCUUUUUUUAAAAGGUAAAUCCGCAUUACAAAUUUCACUUCUCAUGCUGCGGAAAUUUGUAAUGCAUUUAUACGAGUACGAUACAGCUUUUGCACUGCAUAGCUGCUCACGGAAGCGCAUUCCACCGCCCUUCCCUUCGAUCACACCAUGAUGUGA